CUCUCUUACCUUAUCCAUCUCUAUCUCUGGCACUGACCAACCAGCUCUCCAGAGCUAAGGAGGAGAAGAGACAGACUAGACUGCAAGGGAUUGACAGACAGAAGGACAGACAGACAGAGUGACGGGUCCUCGUUGGGGACCUGGAAAAAGUUGAGGACAUUUCUGUUGUGGAUGACAGCCGAGAGAGAGAGAGAGGGGUCCUGUGUAAAGGUCGGCUGUGACAGCAGUGUUUCCAUGGCUCUGGAUGGUUUUAACAAUCUCCUCCACAAACUGAGGGAGUCCCACGACCGAGAGGUCCAAAAAUGGCAAGAGAAAUUGCAGGAGCUAACCAAUAAAAAGGGCUGUGACACAAAGAGAAUGGAGGAGCUGUUCAACAGGAACCAACAGCUGAGAGAGCAGCAGAGGUUACUCACAGACAACAUCAAACAGCUGGAAAACAGGUUGAGGGCGGGGCUGUGUGACAGGUGUACUGUGACUCAGGAUGUGGCCAAGCGCCGGCAGCAGGAGUAUGAGACCUCUCAGAUCCAGAGCCUACAGCACAUCUCCAUCCUGGCUGGAGAGAUGAACAUGAUGAAAAAGGAGAACCAGAGGCUGCGAGAGGAAGUCAGGCAUCUGAGAGUGGCACUAGAAGGUCAGAGUGGACAUUCCUCCUCCCAGGAUGCAACUCCAGAGGUCAGACAUUCGGCUGACCUUUCACCUUCUGCUAUGCCACACAUCCUCACAGCCAUCAGGUCUUUUAACCAGCCACCAGAGGGCGCCACUGCAGGGCUGUCCAUAGUGAAGACUGAGACAGACCACAGCCUCUCUUUUAGAGUUGACGAGACACUACCUGAAUGCAGAGAUGUGAGGGGAUUGAAUGGAAAACAAUCCUAUGAAUCCCAUAAGCUCCUAUCCAUGUCCACUCCCAUCACACAAGCAUUGAGGCCAGAGCACAGUACAGCCAGAGGCAACACUGGGCAGAAGAGAGCCCAUAGUGUGGAGGUGGUUGGUCAGCAACGCUCCCCUGUCACUCCCACCAUUCCACACCCCCUACUUGUCCAGAAAGACAGGCCUCUCCCCUCUUCAUCCUCCUUCUCAUCCUCCUUAUCCACCUCUUCCUCUCUACCUGGAGAUGAGAAGCACAACCGUCACCUGGUCCAUGCUCCAGUCCCUUACUGGCCGCUCCCAAUCAAAAGUGCCCGUCUCUCCCUCCCCUGGCCCCUGCCGGAGCACUCCGACUGGGUCACCGUGGCCACCUCUGUGGACGACGGUUUGGUGUCCCAAUCCAAACAUAACCCCAACCUACCACGCUUCCCCAAUCUACAGACCUACGUCCAGCAGAACAGCAGCCUUGGGAAGGCCUGGCUCAAGCCCAGCCACCCUCCCCAGGCCAGCCUGACCAGGAGUCUGUCCACUGAGCACGGAGAGAGACCAACAGCAUGGGUACAGGACCGUGACAGGAGGGUGGCGCCACACUCGUGGAGGGAGGCAGCGGUGCAGGCAGAGAUGGAGUUUGGGGAGAGUCUGAAAGAGGCUGACUGUCCUCUGGACCUGUCUGAUCCUGGGAGGUCCAAAAGCAUUAAGUCGCUACAGGACAGCAAGGCCAGCCCCACGCUACAGGACAGCAAGGCCAGCCCCGCGCUACAGGACAGCAAGGCCAGCCCCACGCUACAGGACAGCAAGGCCAGCCCCACACUACAGGACAGCAAGGCCAGCCCCACGCUACAGGACAUGUACAUAGAAGGGGAGACAUCUAACAGGACCACCAGGACAGACUCCCCGCCACAGAGCCAGGCCUGUCUCCCCUCUUCCUCAUCCUCCUCUUCCUCCACACCUGCUCUUCCUUCCUCCUCCUCUUCUACACGUCCCACCAGCCAACAGAGGCAAAGCCCCAACAACCACAACCUUAAGGAGGAAGAGCAGCCAGAGAAGGAGGAAGCUGAGGGGAAAGUAGAUCAAAAGACAGGAAAGGACUCUGAGGACAGAAAAGUCCCUGUUCUGACCAUCUCAUUGCGCCCAGUGGUGCUCCUUGAGGCUCUGAAUUCUGGAUUGCAGAAGCAACUUUUCUCCAACGGCAAGUCAGGGAGCAGAUCAGACCACCAGGAAGUGGAAGGCAGUCUGUCUGAGUCAGAGAGCAGCCAGAGAUCCAAGAGGACUGGGCUGGACACAGACACAGAGGUUCGAUGUCAGAAAGAGGAACAAGGCAUUGUGGUCCCCAGGAGGACCUCUCUCAGCUGUGUUCCACCCUGACUGCAACGGAGAUGACGCCCUCACGGGGACAGAGGGGCAGGCAAAGACUUGGACAGAACGUCUUCCAUCUGACUGUUGUCCUCAUGGUUCUAGCUAGUGGGCUUUAUUAAUUUCAAUGGAAUAACCUUGAUAAUGACUAACUAGAUAAUAACAUUGUGAUACAUAUUGGAUCCUCCUCCAAAUGAUAAACAUUUUCCUUCACACUGACUUCCUGCUGUUGUCUCUGAAGGGGAGUAAGUCUGCUGCAACAACUACUUUAUUUUCCUCUCUCUCUUUCUCUCUCCCUCUCUCUCUCUCUCUCUCCCUCUCUCUCUCUCCCUCUCUCUCUCUCUCUCCCUCUCUCCCUCUCUCUCUCUCCCUCUC